AUGACGGCAGACAAAGAGGAGGUCGGCUCCGCGGAGAUCGAGCAUGCCGAUCUGCCUCGAUCCGAGAAAGGAGCUGUUAACGCUCGCCUUGUCUUUGCUUGUGUAGUAUUCAGUGCCGCCUCGUUUAUGUUUGGUUAUGAUGAUAAACUCAUCUCCCCUGUUGCGGCAUUGGAGUCAUUUGUCGCCAAGUUCCAAGGCGUUAACCCAGCUACCGGUACAUUUGUUCUAACGGCUCGCAACCAAAAUAUCAUCUUUUCUAUCCCCUUGGUUGGCGCUGCGAUCGGUGGCUUGCUGGCCUCGCCACUCAACUUCCACUUUGGCCGCAAAUGGCCUGUGGUCGCAGCGUAUAUAAUCUCAAUUGGGGGUGGACUCCUGCAGGUAUUCGCGCCAAGCUUAGGUGCAUUUGUGGGUGGUCGCUUUAUCAAUGGCCUUGCCAUGGGUACUGCCAUGGCGACUGCUCCACUCUAUCUUUCGGAGGUAGUACCUCCCCCGGUGAGAGGUAGAAGCGUCAGCUCCCUCAACAUUCUGAAUCUGAUAGCUGGUGUCGUGGCGACAGUUGUGGUCUGGGGCACAAACAAAAUCAGUGGCCGCUUAGCCUAUCAGAUCCCUCUCGCCAUCCAAAGCGCUAUUCCGGUCAUCUUGUUGGCCUUAACGAUCCUGCUUCCCGAGAGUCCGGAGUGGCUCAUGUCAAAGGGAAACAUAGAACAAGCACGUCACAAUUUGCGCAAACUCCGUGGCUACAGUGACGAACAUCUCGAUGACGAAAUCCGACUGAUGAAGCUCUGUGAAAGAACCACCCGCGAAAUGCUGUCCGAUGUCAAGUUCUGGCACAUCUUCUCGCGUGAACAUCUCAAGCGAACUAUUGUUGCGGGUUCCUUCUUUUCUCUCAACCAGGUCUCGGGUAUCAUCCUAUCCACAACUUAUACAACCGUCUUCCUUACGCAAUUAAAUGUGGCCAAUGCUUUCUCCUUGACCAUCAUCGCCUCAUGCUGCACUUUGGCUGGCACAAUUGCAGCACCGUUAGUCAUCGACCGCGCUGGUAGACGUCCAACCGCACUCGUCGGCAUGACCAUCCUCUUCGCCAUCGACGUCGUUGCCGGCUGUCUCGCUAUCAAGAAAGAAAAUCGACAUGCAUCCCUCACGAUCGCCAUUUUAUCUUUCAUCUUCAAUUUCUUCUGGGCAUCGUCAUUCUUCUCUCUGUCGAGUCUGAUGCCCUCGGAGAUGGCCACGCCAAAGCUCCGCCACUACACCAUGUCUUAUACAAUUACUUGCCAGGAAAUCACAGCCGUCAUCACCACCCUCGCUGUGCCACAGUUGACUUCAGCCGAUGCGGCGAACCUUGGGGCCAAAACUUACCUGGUCUUCGCUGGAUGCAUGGCCUGCAUUAUCGUCUUUAUGUACUUUUACAUGCCGGAAACCCGUGGCCGCACAUUUGCUGAGAUCGAUGAGAUGUACGCUGCCAAAGUCCCGGCGAGAAAGUGGCGGUCUUAUAAGACUUCGGCUGAAGCGAGGACGGGCGAGUCGGCAGCGGAUUCUUCAGAUAAAAUUCGGACAUGA